AUGGACGAGAUUAGAGUGCCUCAAUCUGUAGAUUUACAGGUUGGGGAGCCAAAGUUUGUGUUUGAAGCUAAAACCAUUCAAAAAAUGGAACUACUGGUUUUAAGCAAAUUGAGAUGGAAAAUGUGUGCAUUAACUCCUUUUUCCUUCAUAGACUACUUUCUUUGCAAGAUCACUUGCGAGCAGCACCCAGCAAAAUCAUACAUUGCAAUAUCAGUGCAGCUCAUCCUCAGUAUAAUCAGAGGUAUUGACUUCUUGGAAUUCCGGGCUUCUGAAAUUGCUGCCGCAGUGGCAGUUUCUGUUUUAGGAGAAUCACAAGCAAAAGAUAUCGAUAAGGCCAUUGCUGAUCUCUUUAUAGUAGAGAAGGGUAGAGUUCUAAAGUGUGUUGAAUUGAUAAGAGAUUUGUUCUUGAACAACGUUGCCGCUAGCAGCAAGGUGCCACAGUUGCCCCAAAGUCCUAUUGGGGUGCUGCUGGAUGCUGGGUGCUUAAGUUAUAAGAGUGAUGAAUUAACAGUUGGAUCAUGUCUAAAUUCCUCACAUGAUAGUCCAAAUCCAAUCACUAAGAGUAGCAAACCAGAUGGACCUUCUAAUGGAACCUCCAAGUGA